AUGACGUUCAUGGCAAUAGUGGUCAGCAAGAGGAUAGAGAGUUGUAGAAGGGCACCUGCGGCACCUCACAGGGCACUUCAUCCUAACCCUAUCCCCAAAGAAGAGAUGAGGGUGGAAAAGCAAAGCUGGUUUGCUACCCUGCCCGAGUCUCCUAUGGUCACAGCACAAGGAGCCAGGGAGCAGCCCAAAAGGACCUGGGGCUCUGCUGGCUUACCCAGCACACACCUCAGCAUAGAGAUCUUCCUCCUCUUUUACGUGCUCCCACCGUGUGCAGGCAGCUUCCGCAGGACAAAGACAGGAGAACAGAAGGAGGCGUCUACUGCACAGACCAGCACUGCACUCCCUGCCACCGAGGAAUCUAAGAGAGUGCUGCAGGAGCUCCGGGAAGUGUCUGCACUGUGGAAAGAAGCAGACCACACAUGGCCUGUGCACCAGCAGCAAAUAGAGCAAACACAGGCAGAAAUGGCAGCAUGGGAAGGCUGGAGCGUAGGGAAGGACCAGCGUCCGCCCCAGCUGUUGGCCAGGGAGAGCGUGCGUGUUCCGCAUCCUCCAGCCCAGCCCAGGAGACAGCAAGUGGGAAGGAGAUGGAGGAAGGACGUGGAUCCUGUGCCAGGAAGUAAAAUGGGGACGGCGACCAAGCUGGCACUGCAUGCUGACCUCCUUUCCCACCGAGCGGCUCAGGUGCUCCAGAAGUUGGAGCUGCACCUCCAUCAGCAAGAGGCUUUUGCCAGCACUGUGGAAAGAAACCGGCAGAAGCUGGAGCUGAAGCGGCAGCUUCCCAGGGCUCGAUGCUCGCACCGCUCCAGAGAGGAAGGUGCAGCCAACCGUGGUGACCGCGGUGGAGCUGUCGGCAAGGGGGCUGGGAAGCCGUCCAGAUUUCCACCUGUGAAUGGAAGAUCAUAGAAUCAAAGACUGGUGGGAUGGCCUGGGUUGAAAAGGACCUUGAAGAUCGUCUGGUUUCAACCCCCCUGCUGUGUGUGGGGUCACCGACCAGCAGACUGGGCUGCCCAGAACCACAUCCAGCCUGGCCUUGAAUGCCUCCAAGGGCAUCCACCACCUCUCGGCCAGCUGUUCCAGCACGUCACCACCCUCCUUGUGAAGAACUCCUGCUAACAUCGAACCAGAUUAUCCCCCCUUUCACAGUUAAAACCACUCCCCCUUAUCCUACCACUAUCCAGCCUCGUCAACGGCUGUUUCCCCUCCAGUUUAUAUCCUCCUUUCAAGAAUUGGAAGGCCACAAUGAGGUCUGCCCGGAGCCUUCUCCUCACCAAGCUAAACAAGCCUGGUUCUCUCCACCUUUCUUCACACGAGAGGUGCUCCAGCCCUCUGAUCAUCUUAGUGGCCCUCCUCUUGAUCCAAGAGCUCUGCGCCUUUCUUUUACCGGGGGUUCCAGCUCUGUAUGCAGUACUUCCAAUAAAAAUUAAUUGGCUUUAUUUCCACUCAGUCUGCUGGUCAGUUUGCAGAUUCAGAG